AAGAGUUUAUCACUACUACAGAGUGCCAAUAUAGGGCGUUCUCGAUCAACCCCUCCUGAAAUACUAGUAUUGUGUGGACCGGCAGUCUUGGGACGAGCAAGUUAGACCGGUCAUCUCAUUAAUUUCUUGCUUUCUUCUACAUUGCCUACGAUGGCGAAGGGGAAGUCUUCUGCGACGUCUGCAACUCGCAAGAAACACGCUCGAAAGGCCGUAUCUGGAGCACCGGAGGAGGUUGUUUUUCCAAAGGAAAAGAAACCCAAAAGCAAGGAGAAAGGUUCAAAGAAGAAUAAAGAGCCACGGAAGAAGGUAUACAUUCCACCAGUGAAGCCCGCUCCCGUACAACCCGAUCCAUUGGAUAUCCUUGGAAUCGCGCAGAGAAUACCUCCGGAGUUACUGGUGGUACUCAGGAGGUUAGCCAAGAAAGACUCGAUCACUAAGCGGAGGGCUCUGGAAGAGUUACAGGCUAAUUGGCUUGAGAAAGCAAGAACGGAUAAUGUUGUCGUUCAAGCUCUUGUCGAAGUUCUGCCCGUGUGGUUUCACCAUGUCCCCUCCUUAUUCUUACACCCAUCAAGACGUAUCCGUCUCUUAGCAGUGGGUUUACAUGCUUCGUUACUCAGCUGUCCCAGUCCUAUACCCGAUCAGCUCCUUUUCUUCCUUCAAGAGGUCGCCGAUGCUGACCAGGCUGAAUAUAUUCUUGGGUCAUGGCGUAUGGCAGCUCACGAUGUCGAUCGUCAAGUCUCCGCUUACGCUCGUCAAUCAUGGGACAGGUUUCUGUCGGUUUCUCUUGCGCCGUCAGUCAGUCCCAAGCCUGCUGAUGAAGCAUACAUCGAGUCAGCGAAGCAGUUGAAGCUUCUGCUCGACGCUGCCUCAUUCGCUCGUAUUGUUGGGUUCAUUCAGCGUGUUCUACUCGAUCCCGGUGGUGUCUAUCUUUAUGUCAAUCCUCCUCAGCCCGCUCCUCAGCUGCCGACUGUCCAGCGUGGUAAAGGCGGGAAGUCUGCUCAACCUGUGCGGAAAGAUGCUGAACCCGUUUCUCGCGCGAAACCUGAUGAAGAGGAAGAAAAGGUAGAUGAUCGCAAUGCAAGAUUAAGAAUCGGUGCCUUUGGCGCAGCCGAGUGGAUUCUGACAACAUACUCGCAGUCACUCCGUGACGAGAAGGAAAUAUCCAAGUUCCUGUCGUUGUUUGACAAUGCAGCUUUGUGGACGUCUUUAUACUAUGGCGAAAUGGCGCCAUUUGUACCAGAGAUAGUUGCAUUUGGGUGGAACCAACCGGGGGUACGCAGAUCUGCGUGGUCCUUCCUGCAGACUCUUCUUCGUACCUUCAAAAGUCAUUUGGAACCACUUCUGCCAGCCAUCAGCACAGCGGUCUUGCGAUCCGCUUGGGUUGAACCCGACGUUUCAACACGGAAUGCUAUGUGGGCUCCUCUGCUGACGUUUUUGAAAGAACACCCGAAUGCUUGGGACCUUGAACUCUCUUCCAAUAGCGAAGGAGACGAAGAUGAAGAGAACGAAGACAGCGAGGGGGAAAAUGACACUCCGAAACCUCAAGCCACAACCUCUACAUCUCCAGUCUCGCAUGCGUUCCAGGAGUUCCUGGGGUUCCUUGAACUUGGAUGCUCCGGAUCACCGUUGCAAGGAUAUCCAGCUAUCAUCAUCAUCCUAUCCACAAUAUCACCCGCUAUUUUUGCCACGGUCCAAGAACCCCUUCAAACCUUAUUCAUAUCCUUUUGGGCUGCAGUAGACGGCCGCGCGCUAAGUGGACUGGAUCGUGUUGCUGCAUCCUCUGCGUUCCUGUCUUCUCUGCUCGAAAGCGCAGUUUUUAUGGUGAGACGAUUAGGAAACGGACAAUUUGCUCAGGUCCUCGCGCACGACGACCCAAAGAUUGCUGCAAGGGUGCUGGUUGAGGAGCAGAUAAGCCGAGUGUGGGAGGAAGUGUCAUCUGGACGACUGAAAGUGCAAGACGAGACUGCCUCGAGGACGUUGGCGAAGACGUUGCUCUCACUGAAGCAAGUUGAUGAUUACUAUUUUGCCGCUGCUUGGGACAAGCUCGCUGCCCUCAUCAGGGCCGAACUUAAGACGCCGGGUCCGUCCAUACCGUCCCUUGUCCCCAGUAGUCUCAAGAUAUUCCGGGAGGAGCUCAAGGCUGGCCCCAAUGUCAAUGGGUUGAUCAACGAAAUCGUACAUUCGGCAAUAUCACAACUAGAGCAAGUAUUAGAGCAAGACAGCAAAACGCCUGCACAACCGGAACGUUUAACAUCUCUGAUCGCUAUCCUCGAUACCUUUGGCGAGGAGUUAUUCCAGGAUAGCGAGCUUGCUAAGGCUGUAGACGAGGCCAUCCUUCAGCACAUUUCACUCAUCCUAUCGCUCUCUCUACCUCUCAUUCUCGUCUAUCUUUCCAACCGCAAAGACGAGGCUCUCAUGCAGAACGUUUGGCAUACUGCUCUUCAAGCCAUCGCUGAAUCCGAUUCACUUGUCAAUUCACUCUCACCUCUGCUGGAUGCAGCGGAGAAGAAUGCGCUACCUGCAUCCCUCAAACCAUCGGGCGACGAGUUAGAUGGUGCCGUUGGUCAACUGGUCGCACGUUGCCUAACGAACGACAGUCAGACGCCAGCAACAGAGCUGUCAGUUCUCAAACGCUUACUCAUACAUCCUGGGCACUUUAUAUCGAAGAAAUGUUACGACGGUCUCAUCUCGAGUCUCGGUGAAACGUUUUCUGCUCACUCGCAGAAUGCACUUCACGAUGAGGGUAUUCCGUUGUCUACAUUCUCAACACCGCUCAAACUACUUCAAACUGUUUCGAGUACUGAGCUCUCGAUGUCCCUGUUACCUGAUAUUUUCUUAUUCGCUUUCGUUGUUCCCGAGUUUCGCGAGAUUGAUCCAUCACAAGAACCGACUGCGGAAGAGUUGUGGUCGUCCUGGAACUCACAGGCGAGUGAAGACAACAAACACGAUGUCAGAGCGAUUGUGAAGCAACACCUCCGUGACCUGUUGUUGGAUUGCACUGCGCUAGCAACGCCCCUGCACCUGUUACAUGUCCUUUCGUCACGCAGGGACGAGCUGAACGUAGGCGAUUUCGAGGAAAUCUUUCCCAGCAAGAAAGAACUCGAUGCCAUGCUCGAUAUUCUCCCACCGAAUCCUGUGGAUGUUUCUUUGGCUGUGAUUGACCCUCUAGUACCAACUGCGAUUGAGGACGACAAUGACAAUGAAGUCAGCGAGGCCGUCGUCGACCGGUCAGGAUACUCCUCUUACGCAAGAGUAGUCACUGCACUGCUUCACUACUUCUCCGACGAGAGACAAUUGGCCAAGGAGAAUGUUUGGGCACUCAGACAUUUCCUAGCGUUUGCUCAGUAUGCAGAUGAGAAGCUACAGUUUCCUGAGGCGGAAAGCUCUCUCUUCGGCAGGGCUGUUUCCCCCACCGCGUUACAAGAUUUGACAGCUAAAGUCGACCAAAUUACUGCCUAUGUAUUGUCGUCUGUUCCGGAUGAAAGCUGGUUCUCCCCAAUAAUAUCGUCUCUUCUCAAUGGCCAACCGCCUUCCAGCGGAAUAGGGCGACUACUGUACGACCUUGUGUAUGACUCGGCGGGUCGUGACACAGUUCGAGAAUCCCGUGUGCUGCAUUCCGUCUUACAACACAUUCUGACAAGUGCGACCAAAGCCGAAGCUGACCAGAUGAUCAUGCUUGCAAGAAAGAUCGAGAACAAAGCUCCUCACGCAGCGCUGGCCAUCAUCCUAUCGAUCACGCAAUCUGCGCUUGAGCCUCCACGGUUAGAUAGAUACAGAAACGAGCUUGCUGCAGGCCUUCUCGGAAUACCUGCUUCAAAGGCUAACGUCGAAGGUCUUUGGUCUCUACGCCGAUUAUUUGCUACAGCGCCAGAUCCCGAGUCCGACAUCGUGUUCCUGUCAACUCCUAGGGCCGUAAACCUGAUGAGGGCCUGCCAACAAUGGAUCACAUCUGAUGAAGACAUAGCUGAAGCGGUAGAGAGUGAAAUGACUCUCAUCUUCAUACACCUUGCACCGAUCUUGCAAAACAUACCGGGUUCUCACUGGGACUUUAUCUUUGAUGUUUUAGAGAACAAUCUAGAGAAUUGCUCCUUUGAUGAUUCAAGUACUUUGGCGACCUUGUCACGAAGCCUUCGGUUGCUCCUUACAAUCCAAGAUUUGGCAUCAACUAAUAAAUCACUACGUACAUUAUGGCAAGGGAGACAGAAUACUAUUCUGACAUUGGUUCGAGACCUGGUCGCAACCAAGCCUGGGACAACCACCUCUUCGGGCCCACUCUCUGUAUGCCGCGAAUUGGCUUUGACUAUUGUGCAGAAUCUCCCGUCGGCGUUGAUUGACCAGGAUACAUUGCCGAAGAUAAUGGCCUACCACAUGCUUCGUGAAGCUGCUACUAAGCGAACGGAAUAUGUCGUAGUAGAGGCAGCUGUGGAUACUGAAAUCGAGUUCAAAGCUGAGUUGCCGCUGGAGUUGAUUGAUUUGCUACAGCGCAGUCUCGUCCAAGAAGAGGAAUCACAAGAUCACCAUAACAUUAUGGCAAGCCUGUUAUCGUGGAUGCUGACUUUUGACCUCUUCGAUAAUGCGUCGUUGAAAGUGAAGUCUGGAUAUAUCGACCAUCUUCGUCAGCUGGAUCUUAUCUCUGGACAUUUCUUACCCGAAGUCUUCAGUAUACUUGGACUAUAUGAAGGCGCGGCGAAGGCAUUCAAACUGGACAUAUGGGCUGUCGAUGAGUUCUAUCUGGACUUGUACAGCUCGCAGUCGGCGACUAGCCUAUCGCUACUCGCAGCGCAUCUCUACUAUCGUGCGCUCAAAGUAGUACCCUCACUUUUCCGAAGCUGGCUCCUUGACUGCCGCGAUCGUCAAUUAUCAGCUGCCGUUACGACCUAUACCUCGACAUACUUCUCACCAGCCCUGAUUCGCGCCGAGUUGGUUCACGUCAAGGACACAUCUGCUGCGGCUGAUUUGACAGAUGAAAAUCUCACUGUAAAAGUUGCCAGUGCGGUGAACGAGGUUACAGCGUCAUAUGCAGUCGAUGAAUAUCAGUUGGAACUCAAGCUCAAACUUCCUGUGGAUUGGCCACUGCAUAAUAUCGAAGUCAAAGACACGGCUCGCGUAGGCGUUACCGAAGAUCGAUGGCGAGCAUGGAUUCUUGGUGUACAGCAGAUUCUUUCUUUCCGGAGCGGGAGUAUCAUUGACGGCAUCAGCUUCUUCAAGAAGAAUGUUACUUCUCACUUCGAGGGCCAAUCAGAAUGUGCAAUUUGCUACUCUGUUAUCAGCGCUAUGGACGGCAGUCUCCCUAAGAAGCCUUGCAAGACAUGCAAAAAUCGGUUCCAUGCUGGGUGCCUAUACAAGUGGUUCAGCUCAAGCCAUUCGCCUACCUGUCCUCUAUGCCGUUCAGAAAUCAUGUGAACUGUUCAUCACCGGACUUGGCCUCCUGCAUCGGUACAUUACCAUUCAUGUUGUAUAAUAUAGCAAGCUUCUCUAGACAGCGCAUGUCGUGUAUAUUGAUAGUAUCAAGUUACGACUUCUGUCUUCUCCCCGUUAGCCUUCUCUACGUCCUCAAUAGUGGCGAUGGCUUUUCGUCGAAGAGAUAUGAGCUCUGCAGGUGCUUUGAAUACUGUGGAGAGCUCGAAUUUCUUGUCGCAGGCUGCGCGGAACUCUCCUACUCUUGCCGAUCGGAUCGACCUCAGGAAGGCGACAACGUCGAGAGCAGCCUGUUUCAAAUGAUGAGUGAAUGGAUUCCUGAACAAGGAAUUAAUUGGGUUGUACCUCAAUAUCUACUUGCACCUCAGGAUUGAAAAUAUUGAAGAUAGUAUUGUCGAUCUC